AUGUGUGCGACGCUGCCAGUGGCGCUAGUCCCUGUCGCCGACGCCUUUGAAAUCCUACCUCCACGUGAGCCUACCUUUGAUAGUCCACAGGAACUCGCCACGUGUCAAAUCCAACGGUUCACAGAGGAGGACGGGGCUGUUCAAGGGCCACCCCCAGCCGCACAUCCGGGUAGGGUUGGCGAUGGAUCUGCAGCGGCGUCGCCAUGCUUGGUCUGCGGCGAGGACGAGAACGAAAACACGGUACUGUGUGAUUUGUGUUUUGCGGGUUACCACAUUCGCUGUCUUGCGUCGCGCGGUGAGGAGGUCCACGUGGACAAGGACGGCGAGUGGGUGUGCGAUCUGUGUGAAGUGGAGGAGAAGCGGAAAGCGACGGUCGUCGUCGUGUGGGCCGAGGAGUGCGCGGAGAAUCGACGGACAGCGGUCCAGCAACCGGCAGAUAACCGGCUGGACGGCGGGCGGGUAGCCGACGAGAGGAUAGCUGACGUGGACUCGAGGACGCUGUUGAAUGAUGAGCAGCAGUUGAUGGCGGAUGGGGAUGAUGACGUGAUUUUGUUGGAAGCGGACGUGGCACCCGUGCAAUCUGGUGUAUCUGUACGCGAUGAAGCUGAUGACGUGGUUUUAGUGCCACGUGGGGAGAAGGAGUCGCUGGUCGGCGCGAGAAGGGGAGGAGAGAAGCGUGGCAGCGGCGGCAUCGGUGGCAGCGGCGAUAGCGGUGCGAACGGUGCAAAAACGAACGGUAGAGGGAAGGGUAACAACGAGGAGCCAUGGCUGCAGAAUUUCGAGAAGCGGGGCAGCGGGGGAGGCGGGGGGAGGGAUGGGGACGACGGUGAUGACAGCGUGGCAGACCAUAAAGGCCAUUGGCUGCUGCAGCGCACGUGGCUGUCUCCGGUUGGCUACACGCGCGUAGGGCCCAUGUUCCAGGCGAGUGUACCGGAGUGGACGGGCCCGCCUUGUGUUUUUAACGGGGCUGGCGCUAGCGGGGAUGAGGAGGCGCGGGAGUGCAAUCGACGAUACGACGACGAUGACGGAACGUCGUUCCUUAUCCUCAUCUCUCCUCACCUCUCCCUCCUCAUCUUUCCCUCCUCACCUUUCCCUCCGCAUCUCCCUCCUCAUCUUUCCCUCCCCACCUUUCCCCUCUUAUCUCCCUCCUCAUCUUUCCCUCCUCAUCUCCCUCCUCAUCUUUCCCUCCUCAUCUUUCCCUCCUCAUCUCCCUCCUCAUCUUUUCCUCCCCACCUUUCCCCUCUUAUCUCCCUCCUCAUCUUUCCCUCCUCAUCUCCCUCCUCAUCUUUUCCUCCCCACCUUUCCCCUCUUAUCUCCCUCCUCAUCUUUCCCUCCUCAUCUCCCUCCUCAUCUUUCCCUCCUCAUCUCCCUCCUCAUCUUUCCCUCCUCAUCUCCCUCCUCAUCUUUCCCUCCACACCGACACCGUUCCCUCCUCAUUUCCCCCCCCCCUCAUUUUCUCCUCCUCAAAUUUCCUUCCCCAUUUUCCCUUCCCUAUCUUUCCCUCCCCGUCGGUUUCUGUCCUCAUUGUUUCCCUCUCAUCGUCCUCCCCUGCUGCAGCACGCUCCUCUCGCUCUGCGGGCAGUGGGAGAGCAAGUGCACAUCGUCCUGCUGGGCCCACGAGGACGUCCGUCCGCGGAAGAGCAUCAGCAGCAGCCGCUGGUGGUGCUGCUCCUUGUCUCAUCUUCUUCCACCUUCCCCCUUCCUUCCCCCCCCAUCGGAUUCGCCCCUCCUGCUGCAGCGCGCUCCUCUCGCUCUGCAGGCAGUCGGAGAGCGAGUGCUCAACGCGCUGCUGCACCCACACGGACGUCUGAUUGUGGACAAAAAUUAGCAGCGGCUGCUGCUGCUCCUUGUCUCAUCAGCUUCCCCCCUUCAAACCCUUUUCCCCUCCCGUCCGCCCCUCCUGCAGCGCGCUCCUCUCGCUCUGCUGGCAGUCGGAGAGCGAGUGCACAACGCGCUGCUGCGCCCACACGGACAUCCGAGCGAGGAAGGGCAGCAGCAGCAGCGGCUGCAGCAGCACCGUACUCGUAUGUGCGCAUGUCCGAGCGCCUGCUGCGCCGCCGCUGCAGUCCGUAG